AUGGGGAAGGUGGGCAAACAAUAUGCAUCAUACACAGGUGUAAUGGCUCGAACCAUAAUCCCCAUUUAUUUAAGCAAUUCGGCAGCAGUGGAUGACCAUUUGAAGGAGAAAAUCUGGACAGAAAUAACGUUUGGCAUUCAAAUACUCAUGGCUAGUAGGCAGCAGGCACAUAUAGAUAAGAAGAUAGUGGCAAAGGAUGAGGAAGUAGAUCGAUCUCUUUUAUGGAAGGUAGCACGUGAAGAUAAGAACGGGAAGAUUGUUGAUGAGGAGGUAGCUGAAUUGGCUGGAACAAUUGAAAAAACGAGAUGUUUUGCUGCAAGAGACAAAAAAGAUUAUGGAAGAACAACAGAAAAAGCACGAAGCUGUGCAAGAACUUCUUCAAAAGCAAAUGGAGAUGCUAAAGCUGGCGAUUUCCGGUCAACCCUGUAA